AUGAGUCAGUCGCAGGCCUCGUGGGGCGGCUACCCUCAGUCUCCGGAUCCGACGCUCAGCGAUCCGCAAUGGUUGCAGCAACUGGCAUUCCACCCCGUCUUUACCUCGAAACUCGCACCUGACGGACCCGCAUCAUCGUCGGCAUCAGGUACAAGCUCUACCCCUUCUGGAGCUCAUACACGGCUUAUGUCUGUACGCGGUACGGAUCUGAUUGCUGUUGUUGACAAUGAAGUUCGCAUCGCGUCUCUUGUCGAUGUCAAAGCGUCUGCUUCCAACCAAUCCAUCGUGCCAUCUUGCUCUUCCUCCACCAAGCUGCCAUCGUCUUGCUCUUACAAAGUCUUGGUGCCGGGACAGGGAAUCAAGAUUGGCUUUGAUAUUCGCAGCCUCAGCAUCAAUCCCACUGGCAAGCUGCUUGCGUGUGUGGGUGACAGCCAGAUUACCUUGAUGGUCUUGCCUCGAUCAGGAUACAUGAAACACGUCGAUCGUGAAAUCGUGUGCCGUACUGUCCCAAUUGCCCCAUACUACCAUUCAGCCCAUUCUGAAACUGCUGUGGCCAAGGUGGACUGGCAUCCAUGGGGAGAGAACGGCACUUCUCUUCUUGUCUUAACAGAAGAUGGCCUUCUCCGCGAAUACGAUGUAGCCAAAGACACCGCGGAGCCGCAACAGACCGCCUCGUUUGUACCAGUCCAGGCAAGAUCAGUAAUACAGCGCAGCAGAUCGCGCUCGGCCACCCCGGGCCUGGCUUCUCAUCCGGACGCCUUCUCGGCUGGCCACGGUAUACGAAGCUUCGGUCUCUCCGCCGAAGAUGAUGACGCUACAACGGCCGUCAGCUUCACACUCUGCGUUGCCAAUACCCCAUCACCUCGCUCGACAAGCUUUGACCAAGAGGCGGAUCGAACGUGGGCUGAAGAAGCCACGCGCUCCAACAGUCCUGCCGACUGGUCUCCUCUCACCAUGUUUGGGCUGAUGAAAAACGGCGAUGUCUGGGCUCUCUGCCCGUUCAUCCCGAAAAGCGCCACUGUUCCCGCCGCAUACAUUCACAACCUCGCCAAGCUCGCUUCUUACCGUGCCAACACUAUUGAGUCGCAACAGACAUCGCACGUCGACACGCAGCUCCGCUACGUCAAUUCUCUUCUCAAGCAGGCAUCCAAGGACUCGGCAAAUCACGUUGGUGAAAGAUCACGCUCCGUCACACCGGCUCCAGAACGUAUGACUCAAUCAAGAUCGACAUCAGCAAUGAACCUUGAUGAGCUGACGGAUUCGCCCAGAGCUUCGGCUCAACUUGAACAAGCAGCGCAAGGUAUCGAGCAGGUGCAGAAUGGGCCAGUGCGGUUGCAUCCGCCUUCAUGGUCGUACAGGCAAGACAUCAGUCAAGGCGGAAGCGCGAAGAAGGCGCCAAGACCACAAGGCCCAUUCCUGCUCAAGCCGGCCCCGGUCGAACUGUGCGAUCAACGAGAAAGCAUGGCGUGUGACCUCGUCUGGACUUGGCUUACAGACGAAAGUUCAAGCGCUGAAUCUUCUGCUGCUGUGACGGGAUUGGGCGCACUUAGUAUCGUGGGACACGAUGGUCGCGUAGACGUGGCUCUCCUUUUCGAGUCUGUUGAGGCCGCGUGGGAUGCUCCCUCCUCGAAAUACCGUCCUGCCGCUCGUCGUCAGAGCAAAUCCCGCAAGACUAAUCGAUAUGGCCUGUCCGACACCGAAGACGAGGCAGACGAAUUGCAGGCUCUUACCCUCGAAGACCGGGAUACGUUGCCUUGCUUGCUGGUCUACGAAACUAUCGAUCUGGGUAUGCUCGACACGGCGCUCGACAAUGGCGUUUCGUCGCAUUCUGCAGCAUCCGAUCUGCUGCGUGGCAAGAUGUCUUGCAACAAACCAUGCUUUGUGCGGGAUCCACUAUACGGCGACACGAUCUACGUUUACCAUGUAUUCGGUGCACAAUGUCUCGGCUUUGCCACCUGGGUACCAAAGCUGUUGCAAGCACUCAACUUGCCAUCACAGGAUCAACUCGACAACACUGCGGGUGACGAGACCUCGGUUGUCCAAUCAGAAUCACGCGAGCAAGCGCUGGCCAAGAUGCUCCACUACGGUUACAACACCGAGGUGGUCUGGAUCGUCAACACGGUUGCACCAGAAAGUGGCACGGGUCUUGACAUGAAUCCGGUGACCGCAGUUUCGAUCUUGUCGGAUGUGUACCUGUCGUAUGCAUUCCUCGGUCUGACUGCUGAUCUCCAAUUGGUUGGUGUUGAGCUGUCUUUGCGCGUUGACCUCGACGCACUAGAUUUGGCAGCGACCCGAGAAGCAAGUUUGACCGUGGGAGCUACUGACACGAUCGAUGGCCAGAAGCCGUACGUCUCACUUCUCGGAGACGGACCUGCGUUCCAGCCGCCCAGGAUGUUUGCGCUAUCUGCGGGCGUCCAAGGGUUGCCGCAACAUCCUCGUCGAGCCGCGCUGUCUGGCACCUCGACGAAAUCCGAACUUGAAAUCACGCCCGACCUGCUGCGCGCUCUCGGUAAGACUGUCGAGACGUAUCGGCACGAGAUCCGCGACGUGGUUUCGGCUGGUAACGCUGUUCAAGCACGUCUGGAUCUGCAAGUACGCGAGAUGACGCGUCAACUCGACAAGCUCAACUCGAUCCGCUUGCGCUGCCAAGAUCUCGGCAGCAAAGGCAUGCUCGGUGAGAGAGUGGCCAAGAUCGCCGCAACGCAACUGCAACUCGUCGCACGGAUCGACAGGGCACUACAGAGGUUGAUGGACUCACACGAACCAAGUCUUUCGAUGUACGAGAAGAAAUGGUUUCAAGAACUCGAGCGUAUCGCCGACGAGGUCGGCAUCUCUCGCACAGAUGCACGAGCUUUCAAGGUGGAUACUAAGAGUAACAGGAAAUCGCUCUCUGCGAAAGCGGAGCUUCUGUCACAUCAGCUAUCAUUGCUUCGUCCGCAAAUGGCUGCACUGCAUGCCCAAGACGGCCCGCAGCAACACGGUUUGCUGGGUGGCGAACAGCUCAAGAAAGUGGAAAAGUUGUUGAGCAACCAAGCGGCCAUGUUGGCAGAAGCUAAGCAGAAGGUGAGCCAGCUCAACAAACAGAUCGCCCAAAUCAAGCCGACUCGAGAUGCUGCUCCAUUCGCGCUAGCCAAUCAGGAUCCACUCGAUGCCGAUUCGUCCGUCUCCUUCUCCAACACUACCGCUAAAUUUGGUGGUGGACAAGGCGGAUUACCAACCAGCAGCACAGCAGCCAGCUUUGCCGAUCUGUCCAGAAGCUCGCCGUUCCGCGGCACACACUCUAGGACCGGAUCGAGUUUUUUUGCCUGA